AUGAGUGAAUCUUAACUCAUUGAAAAGCUUCAACAAUAUGAUAGUAAGAAAGGAAAGUUUGAUAAUGAACCUAUUCAUUCCUCUUAAGAAUGUAGCUACAAAAUUAGUACAAGUCCAAGAAUUCAUAAAUUUCAUCGAUCUCCUGUCAUUCAUUAAUCUCCAGCUAAUAUUUCAUCCUCUUUAGAACAUUAUCCAUUUGAUAAAGAAGAUAUUUAAAUUUAAGAUCCUCAAGGGGAAAUAAGAUUCUUACUUAAAAUUAUCGACUAAUUGUAAUAUGAUUUAUAAAUCCAAUAUAAUGAUAGUGAAAUUAUUAAAAAGAAGUAUUAAGAAUUACAAUUUUAAGUUCAAAAAAUGCAAAGUAAUGUUUUCAAAGAGUAAGAAUAAUAUGAAAAUAAAUAAUACUGUGAUCAACUACAAAGAUAAAAUAAAUAAUUAAAUAACGACAAUAACACACUUAAAAAAAAUUAUCAAGAAGUCUAAUAAAAAUUUAUUGAUUGUUAAAAAGAUCUAGAUAAUUUGAAAUUAAAUGCAUCAGAACUAUUAAUUUAAAACGAAGGAUUAUAUUCAUUAUUAAAUUCUUUAAAAGAAAAACAUCAAUUUGAUGUUGAUAGUCAAGCUAAACACUUUGAACUUAUUAAUCAAAAAAAAAUUGAUGAUGAAAUAAAUCUUAUUCAAAAACAAUACAAAAGAGAAAUUGAAACAUAAAAUUCUAUCUCAGAUUCAUAUAAAAAAAAAAUUGAUGAUCUAACUAAUGAUUGUGAAAUUAAAUCCAAGAAAUUAAGUUAAUAACAAGAAAUCAAUUUAAAAUAAGAGUUAGAAAUUGAAAUCUUAAAUGGAAAAUUAAUUCGAUAUUAAAAAUUAGAACAAGAAUUAGUUGAUAUUGAUACACUUUAUUAAUAAAAAACAGAUUAUGCUCAUAAUUAGUUCAAGAAAACACAAAGUUAGGAGAAGAGUUAAAAAAUUAAAAAUCAUAAAUCUAACUAUUAGAUUCAUCUUUUAAAUUAAAAUAAAAUCUUUUAGAAAAAGAAAAAAGUGAGUAUGUUGAAAGAAUCUAACAAUUGCAAAAACAAUUAGAUGAGUUAUCGAAUGUAAAUAAUGAAUUCAAAAAAAAAGAAUUGGAGCAAUAAAGAUUGUUAAACAAAUUAUCAGAGUAUGGAGAUGAGAAUUUGAGACUUUUAGAAUAAAAUACUUUUAUUUUGGAUAAAACAAAUGAUACAGAAACAUUAAGAGUAAACUACAAGAACUUGGUUAAAAGAUAUUAUUAAUUAAAAAGUGAGAAUGAUGGAUUAGUAUAAUCAAUAAAUUAGCAUAUAACAAAUAGUGCAAUUUUACAAAGAUAGUUACAAAAUGCAAUAAUAGAAAAAAAUGAAGUCAUUACCAAUCUACAUUAUACAUAAUAGUAGUUACUAAAUUUAUAAUAUUAACUAAGUCAUUGA